AUGGUGGAGGACGAGGUGGAUCUGCAGGAUCUGGUCACGUUGAACCGACUGGAUGAGAUCCUGGUUGUGAAGAGUAAGGAAGAUGCUCCCGAGGAAGUAGUGCGGGAUCUCAGGAUCGCCAGGAUCCGUCAAGCGCAGGACGAGGAGGCGUGGAUCUCCGGCCUAAAGAAGUACCUGGUGGGCAAUAUCCAGGAACUAGCACAAGAGGAGGCUAGCUCCUAUAGCGCUAUUGCGAUGGAUUAUGAAGUGGAUCUCAACGACUUGCUGUUCUACUGCCCUCCGACGAAGAAGAAGGAGGGUUGA